AUGAUCUUUGCUAAAAUCGCUUCCUUCUACUCACAAUCCUCACUUUCUUCUACUCCCCCAAACUACAAUCUCAGAAUCUCUUCCUCUCUUCAGGAUUUCUCUUCUUAUUCCCAUUUGAAGCAGCCCCUUGAAUCAGUAACAACAACCAUACCAACCACUUCUCGGAAGAAAUGCAUCAAAGCAAUCAGGCUUGUAGUUUUACUCACACUGUUUCUUUUGCUCACAUACUUGCUUUUUAUGUUUGCUUUCUCUUUUUGGAAUAUUGGGUCUGGUAAAUACUAUGUUGUGCUUGAUUGUGGAAGUACCGGAACUCGUGUUUAUGUGUAUAAUGCUAACAUUCAAUAUAAGAGACAUAGUAGUCUUCCUAUAGUAAUUAAGUCAUUGAGAGAUGGCUUGCAUAAGAAGAAGCCUACUGGUCGCGCUUACGAUCGAAUGGAAACUGAACCUGGGAUUGAUAAGUUGGUUUAUAAUGUGUCGGGUUUGAGAAGUGCUUUGAAACCAUUAGUUAGGUGGGCGAAGAAGCAGAUACCGGUUCAUGCUCAUAAGAGUACUUCUGUGUUCCUUUAUGCUACUGCUGGUGUAAGGAAACUUCCUAGGAAGGAGUCUAAGUGGUUGUUAGAUCAUGCUUGGUCUGUGAUCAAGGACUCUCCCUUUAUGUGUAAGAAGGAUUGGAUUAAGAUUAUUUCUGGUACCGAGGAAGCUUAUUUUGGGUGGAUUUCGCUUAAUUAUCAUAGUGGUAUUUUGGGUGUUAAUCCUAGGAAGGCGACUUAUGGUGCACUUGACUUGGGGGGAUCGUCUUUGCAGGUUACUUUUGAGAGUGAUCAACAAAUUAAUAGUGAAACUAGUUUGUAUGUUAGGAUUGGAUCGGUGAAUCAUCAUCUUACUGCCUAUUCUCUUGAGGGUUAUGGUCUCAAUGAGGCGUUUGGGAAGUCUGUGGUGCAUUUGUUUAAGAAAGAGUUUGGAUCAUUAGCCAAUGCAGAAAAGGCUGGUAGAGAUAUAGAGCUCAAGCAUCCUUGUUUGCAGUCUGGAUACAAGGAUCAGUACGUGUGCUCUCGUUGUGACAAAAUUGGAAGUAUUGGUGAUGAGAAACACUUGAGUAAGCAAGGAAGGUCGGGAACUCCGUUAGUGCUUGUUGGUGCUCCUAAUUGGCAACAAUGCAGUGCACUUGCGAAAGUUGUCGUCAAUUUGUCUGAAUGGUCCAAUCUCAGUCCAGGACUUGAUUGCGGAGUGACGCCUUGUGCUUUGCGAGAUAAUCUCCCUCGUCCGUAUGGCCACUUUUAUGUGAUUUCUGGAUUUUAUGUUGUAUAUCGGUUUUUCAACUUGACUUCUGAUGCCACACUUGAUGAUGUGUUGAAAAAGAGUGAAGAAUUUUGUGAGAAAAGAUGGGAUGUUGCCAAGGAAAGUGUUGUGCCUCAGCCCUUUAUUGAGCAGUACUGCUUCAGGGCACCAUACAUUACUUCACUGCUAAGAGAAGGUUUGCGCAUUAAUGAUAACCAAAUUUCUGUUGGAUCUGGCAGCAUCACUUGGACACUUGGGGUUGCCUUGUUAGAAGCUGGGAGGGCAUAUUCCACUGGAUUCGGCCUUCGUAACUUUGAAUUGUUCCAGAUGAAAAUAAAUCCCCUUGUUCUUGUUGCCAUUCUAUUGUUUUCUUUUAUUGUCCUUCUUUGCGCUUUAUCAUUAGUUGGCAAUUCGAAUUGGAUGCCAAGGUUUUUCCGGAGGCAAUAUCUUCCGAUGUUCAGGCAUGACACUGUUUCCGGUGCUUCUGUUCUUAAUAUUCCAUCUCCUUUUAGGUUUCAACGAUGGAGUCCAAUGAGAUCGGUGGAUGAAAGAAUAAAGAUGCCGCUCAGCCCAACAGUUGCAAGUUCAAGUGGAAGCCCAUUUGGCCUGGGGCGUGGUUUCGGUUAUAACAAUGGUGGCAUCCAGCUUGUUGGGUCUUCUUUGUACCCAUCAUCUAGUGGCGUCUCACAUAGUUAUUCUUCAAAUAGUUUAGGACAGAUGCAGUUUGACAGCAGCGGUAGUAAUAUGGGUGCCUUCUGGCCUCCCAAUAGAAGUCAGAUGCGUCUGCAGAGUAGAAGAUCACAGUCUCGAGAAGACCUGAGUUCCUCAGUGGCUGAAGCGCACCUGGUGAAGGGUUAA